UAGUAAGUUAUCUGGUUUUUUCUUGUUUGAUCAUUCUACCCCCUAAAUUUGUCUCAUUGACUUUUUUAACUUGUAACAUUUGCAUACAACUAUUUGAUUUUCCAUUAUGUACGAAGGGUAUCCUGGCCAUAUUACAAAUAUUUGACACUAGCUUUUACUGGACGGUGCUAAUGGCUGUUAGGAAAGUUCCUUCUUUCACUUUCAUCAGCUGUCAUUUACAGCUUCAUCUUUUACCUUUUUAAUAAGUUCACUUAAGCAGUAAUUAAAUAUGAACUCUGCAUUUUUAUGAUCUCAUGAUAUAAAGCUUUCGGUCGACUCACGGGGGCUUCAUUAGUUACUUGUAUUUAUCCGUUGGCUCUCGUUUUAUUUUUACCAGCAUUUUGUGAUCAUACAAGAUUCUCAGACACCUUAAUCUUAUCCCCUCCUUGGCUUUAUUUAUUUGUUGUAGUUCUUUAAUGCCUGUAUUUUUGUGUUUGAUGAUUGUAACUGGUCCACGGCUUUAAUUUUUUACUAUUACAAAAUCUGAUAGGUAUUUUUAAACUUUCCACACCCGGUCCACCACUUGGAAGGUUGGUCAUUCCUCUUACGUCCACUUCUCUGCUGACGGAUUUACCAUUUUAUUUUUUGCUGGAUCUUUGAUCCUUCCCUAUACUGAAAUCAUGGUCGAAGACGGUGGACUUGAUGCUACUAUUGAUGCCCUUUCGACUGAAGAAUGGCUUUCUUGUGCAAAGAGGCUUGUUCCGAUUGCUUUGGAGAAGGCAAAGGAGGCUAAAGGGUUCCGUGGGAAGUGGAAGAUGAUAAUAUUAAAAUUGGAACAAAUGCCCUCACAGUUGUCAGAUUUGGCUAGCCAUCCUUGCUUCUCAAAGAGUGUGCUUUGUAAGGAGCAAUUGCAAGCUGUCUCAAAAACAUUGAACGAUGCAAUUUGUCUAGCCAGGUUGUGUGUGAAGGAGAAAUAUGAGCGGAAGCUUCAAAUGCAAAGUGAUCUAGAUGCUUUGUUGGGGAAACUUGAUUUGAAUUUGCGUGAUUGUGGUCUCUUGACCAAAACUGGAGUGCUCGGUGAGGUUACUUUGCCGUCAGCAGUAGCAAGAACUUUGCCCGAACUGGAGUCGGGAAUUCAUGGCAAUAUAAGAGAGUUGCUUGCCCGUCUUCAGAUUGGACAUUUAGAGGCUAAACAAAAGGCUCUUGAUAAUCUCUUAGAAGUCAUGAAAGAGGAUGACAAGCAUAUCUUGGCCUUUUUGGGAAGAAGCAAUGUCGCGGCUUUAGUACAAUUGCUUACGGCUACUUCUCCUCGAAUAAGAGAAAAAACAGUUACCGUUAUCUGCUUGCUUGUAGAAUCUGGAAGUUGUGAGAAUUGGCUUGUUUCAGAAGGCGUGCUUCCACCCCUAAUAAGACUUGUGGAAUCUGGUAGUGCCUUGGGUAAAGAGAAGGCCAUGAUUUCUCUCCAAAGGUUGUCCACAUCAGCGGAAACAGCUCGUUCAAUAGUCGUGCAUGGUGGGGUCCAGCCUCUGAUUGACAUCUGUCGAACUGGUGAUUCCGUUUCACAAGUAGCUGCAGCUUGUACCUUAAAGAAUAUAUCUGCUGUGCCCGAGGUUCAUCAAGCACUUGCUGACGAAGGAAUUGUAAAGGUAACUAUUGAUCUUCUUGAAUCCGGAACUCUGCUGGGAUCGAAGGAGCAUGCAGCUGAAUGCUUGCAAAAUCUCACUUCAAGUAACAAGAAUCUUCGGAGGUCUGUUAUUUCUGAAGGUGGCGUAAAAAGCCUGCUCGCGUAUUUGGAUGGUCCGUUGCCUCAAGAAUCUGCAGUCGGGGCAUUGAAAAAUUUGAUUGGCUCGAUCUCAAUGGACGUUUUGAUUGCACUAGGUCUUCUCCCAAGGUUGGUUCGCGUGCUUAAAUCAGGCUCGCUUGGUACGCAGCAGGCUGCGGCAUCAGCAAUCUGUCAAAUCUGCACUUCUACUGAAAUGAAAAGAUUAGUCGGUGAAUCUGGAUGCAUUCCUCUUCUCAUUAAGAUGUUGGAGGCUAAAUUGAAUAACACUAGGGAGGCUGCUGCACAAGCAAUUUAUAGCUUGAUGACCGAAUCCCAGAAUUGUCAAGAAGUUAAAAAAGACGACAAAAGUGUGCCGAAUUUGGUAGCUUUGCUCGAUCCAAGUCCUCAAAACACGGCAAAAAAAUAUGCUGUUUCCUGUCUUAUGUUGCUCUCCUCGAGCAAAAAAUGUAAGAAGCUGAUGAUUUCAUACGGUGCCAUUGGCUAUCUCAAGAAGCUGACAGACAUGGAGAUUCCGGGCGCCAAGAAACUGCUUGAGCGUUUGGAAAGAGGUGUGUUGAAAAGCUUGUUCAGCAAAAAGUAGGAGGAGAACAGAAUGUUUAAAGUACAAUGUUGGUAUAAUUUUAUGACAUUGUCUAAAUAAAUCAAAAUAGUGAUCAAUGCUAUCAUCUCUGAUGCAUAACCUUGCACGUCUAUGUAAUCCACGUCUCAUUUCGUACUCUGAAAAGAUCAAUAUAUGUGUUCUACAAGUAGAAUACUACUAGUUUUAUGAUCAUA